AUGAAUUUACAUAGAGAUACAGAAUGCGAGAAAAAGCUUAUCACAGAUGCUCUGAGUAGAAACCAAUUUCUGAAAAGGCUGGACCCUCAGCAGAUUAGAGACAUGGUAGAAUGUAUGUACGGAAGGACAUACCAGCAAGGAAACUACAUAAUCAAACAAGGGGAACCUGGCAACCAUUUAUUCGUCCUGGCAGAAGGUAGAUUGGAGGUUUAUCAACAUAACAAAUUUCUGUCAUCGAUUCCUAUAUGGACAGCCUUUGGAGAACUGGCUGUUUUGUAUAAUUGCACAAGGACAGCCUCAGUAAAAGCUGUCACCAGUGUGAAAACAUGGGCAUUAGACAGAGAGGUUUUCCAAAAUAUCAUGAGAAGAACAGCUCAAGCAAGGCACGACCAAUAUAGAAACUUUCUGAGAAGUGUUUCUUUACUGAAGAAUUUACCCGAAGAUAAGCUAACCAAGAUUAUAGACUGCUUGGAAGUGGAAUACUAUGACAAAGGUGAUUAUGUUAUCCGGGAAGGAGAGGAAGGAAGUACCUUUUUUGUUAUAUCCAGGGGAAAGGUUAAGGUUACCCAGACCCCGGAAGGGCAGGCCCAGCCUCAUUUGAUUAAAACACUGCAGAAAGGAGAUUAUUUUGGAGAAAAAGCCUUGAUCAGUGAUGAUGUCAGGUCUGCUAAUAUAAUUGCAGAUGAAAAUGACGUGGAGUGCCUUGUUAUCGACAGAGAAACUUUUAAUCAAACAGUUGGAACGUUUGAAGAACUUCAAGCAUACCUCGUGGGUUAUGUAGCAACUUUGGCUCGAGAUGAUGAAAAAAGGCACGCUCAAGUCUCUUUCGUGGAUCGGCUUCCUCGCAAUGUCUCUCUAGAGAUGAUUCAGUUGAAAGAAAAGGUCACCCAAUUUCCUGCCUCCUGCCCUUUUGAGCACCUGGAGAUUGUUGCGACUCUGGGUGUCGGUGGAUUUGGAAGAGUUGAACUUGUGAAAGUUAAGAAUGAGAACAUAACAUUUGCCAUGAAAUGCAUUAAGAAGAAGCACAUAGUGGAUACCAAGCAACAGGAACAUAUUCACUCCGAAAAGAAAAUUCUAGAAGAGGCCUGUUCACCAUUCAUUGUGAGGUUGUAUCGCACUUUCAAAGACAACAAAUACGUUUAUAUGCUCUUAGAAGCCUGUCUUGGAGGUGAGCUAUGGAGCAUCCUCAGGGACAGGGGUAGUUUUGAUGAAACCACUACAAAAUUCUGUGUUGGUUGUGUGACAGAAGCUAUUGAAUAUUUACAUUCUAUGAGUAUAAUCUACAGGGAUUUGAAACCAGAAAAUUUAAUUUUGGAUGCCCAGGGUUAUAUAAAGUUGGUUGACUUUGGGUUUGCUAAGAAGAUCAGAGCAGGGCAAAAGACCUGGACUUUCUGUGGGACUCCUGAAUACGUCGCACCUGAAGUCAUUCUGAAUAAAGGCCACGAUUUCAGUGCGGAUUUUUGGUCCCUCGGAAUUCUUGUGUACGAACUGCUUACAGGAAAUCCUCCCUUUACUGGAGUCGAUCAAAUGAUGACCUACAAUUUGAUUUUAAAAGGCGUUGAGAGACUGGAUUUUCCCAGAAUAAUAACCAAGCGCCCUGAGGAUUUGAUUCGGCGGCUUUGCAGACAAAGUUCUACAGAGAGAUUAGGAAAUCUAAAAAAUGGAAUCCAUGACAUUAAGAGGCACAGGUGGCUGAAUGGUUUUAAUUGGGAAGGACUCAAAGCAAUGAAGUUAUCAUCACCCCUUAAAAGAGAGCUUUCAGGUCCUAUGGACUACAGCCACUUCGACCGAUACCCACCGGAACAGGGAAUUCCACCCGAUGAACUUUCAGGCUGGGAUAAAGAUUUCUAAGAAGGCGGCUAGUGGUGUAAUUGUCCUCACUCACAG